AUGCCCGCCUUACCCCUCUUUGGAAAAGCCGCCAUCAAAGACAACCCAACCCCCAUCUGCAAAGCCGCAUUACCACCCAUGGGCACAGCCCCAGCAGUGAAAACAGUCGAAGCAGUCGGGGAAGGAAUCGCCCCGGUGCCAGAAGGAAGCGGCACCGUCGAGUUUGACGGCUUGCACGGGUCAAGCGAGCUCCCAAUCUGCACCGCAAAGAGCCCCGACUUUGACCCACCAGCCGACGAGACUUCAACGGUGUAAUUCCCAGUCGAGAACGCGGUGUACUCCAGCAGCGCG